AAACUCAGUCAGUAGCGAGCUUUCGAGGGAGCAGCACGCUUUCUGUUUGCUUUUGAUUCUAUCGAUUUAAACAUCGGGAUCUAAACUUUUAUGUUUCGUUUCUUCACGUAGCCGGAUAAAAUAUUAAAUAUUUAGUAUUUUAUACAAGUUCAGGAUAUUCUGUGGAAGGUGUUAACGUUUUUGUGAGCUUUUUGAACUGAAAUUUAAUUAAAAUGAAGGUGUUAACUCUUGAAGAUAAAGUGACUUGUGUGGAAGAGGGAAAUGAUCAGUCAGUGAAAGCUGGACCUACAAUAUUGACCAAGGAGGAAUUAAAUAGGGGUUGCCCGCUAGGUGUGUCAAGAGUGACAGACUCAGUGUUCGUGUGUGGGGCUCACUCGUUGCCUGGGGCAGUGCGGGCGUUGAGGCCGGGUCUGGUCGUCAACGUGGCCCCGGAGCUUCCACCGCCUCCUGAAGACUGUGCGCCGAGAUACUACGUGCCUCUGCUUGACACACCCAACAGUGACAUGCACCCUUUCAUGGAGAAAGUUACCGAUCUGAUACAUGAGGUCGUAUCUAGGGGUGAAAUGGUGCUAGUACAUUGCGUGGCUGGUGUGUCGAGGUCAGUGACCCUGUGUCUGGCAUACCUCGUCAAAUGGGAGAAGAUGACGCUGAGAGACGCGUACCACCACAUGAAGUUGAGAAGACCGCAAAUCAGACCAAACACGGGAUUCUUCAAGCAACUCAUAAAAUACGAAGAGCGACUGUUCACCGUAGCGUCAGUGAAAAUGGUGUACUGUGAAGCUAUCGACAAGGAGAUCCCAGAUGUCUAUGAGCCAGACUACAGUGGAAUGACCUGGUUUAGACAGCGAUACGGACCUAUUGACAGAAGUUAAAGAGUUUCAUGAUAGGAUAGGUUUAAGAUAAUAAAGAUACAAAAAUAUGAUUGUAUAAAUUAGAAUUACUGAAUUAAGUAUUUGCUUUGUUGCCGCGCAAAGUUUUCUUGAGAGAUAUUUGAAAGGUUUUUGAAGGUUAUAUGUUUUGAAUGAUAGAGAAUCAAGGUUUUCUGGAUGAAAAGAAUAUAUUGCUUGUUUAUCUAAAGUGUUUGUUGAUUAAUUAGUUAAUGGUGUAAUAAGAAAUGUGAUAAUCUAAACUGUUAAAAUAUUGUCAUAGUUCACAACAAACAUAAAUUAUGUAAUUUGUAAAUAUUAGGCGUAAUUAUUGUAUAAAGUUAUGGGACCAAAAUAUAUGUUACGAUAUUAUUUA